AGUACCAGGGAGGUUCUAUCUGCCUGGCUGUCCUUUUCGCAGCAGAGUCUCUCACCAACUCAGUGCUACAGACUCCCUCUUUAACCAUGUCCGUCAGAGCCAUGAAGACCACCACUUACUCCACUGCAUCUUCUCACAGGGGCCCAUCUCAAGGCUUCAGCAGCCAGUCCUACUCUGGCUAUGGUGGUGCCAGGCAGAGCAAUGCUGUCCGCAGCUCCUACGGGGGAGUGGGCAGCUGUGGUGCCAGUGUGGGUGCCGGGGGGUUUAAGGUGGCCGGUGGGUAUGUUGCUGGAGGUGCUUCUCAAAGAGGUGGUGGGGUAGAGUUUGGUUACAUGGGAUUUGGUGGAGGUAUGGGAGGUGGCAUGUCCAAUGAGCUGGUGGCCCCCAUCACAUCAGUGACUGUGAACAAGAGCCUGCUGGCGCCCCUGAACCUGGAGAUUGACCCCAACAUCCAGGCUGUCCGCACCCAGGAGAAGGAGCAGAUCAAGGGCCUCAACAACCGCUUCGCCUCCUUCAUUGACAAGGUACGUUUCUUGGAGCAGCAGAACAAAAUGCUGGAGACCAAGUGGAAACUUCUGCAGGAACAGACCACGUCUCGCUCCAACAUCGACACCAUGUUCGAAGCUUACAUCGCCAACCUGCGCAAGCAGCUCGACAGCAUGGGUCAUGAAAAAGUCAAGCUGGAAUCUGACCUGCAUCACAUGAAGGACCUGGUCGAGGACUUCAAAACCAAGUAUGAAGAUGAGAUUAACAAGCGCAAUGAAUGUGAGAACAACUUUGUCCUCAUGAAAAAGGAUACAGAUGCAGCCUACGUGAUUAAGACGGACCUGGAAGCCAAACUGGACGGGCUCUCUGAUAAGAUUGACUUCUUGAGGCAGAUCUACAACGCAGAAAUCAGUGAGCUCCAGGGCCAGAUCAAGGACACAUCCGUUGUGGUCGAGAUGGACAACACCCGUUACCUUGACAUGGACGCCAUUGUCGCUGAGGUGCGCGCCCAGUAUGAGGAUAUCGCAAACCGCAGCAGAGCAGAAGCUGAGUCGUGGUACCAGACCAAGUACACAGAGAUGCAGCACUCAGCCAGCCAACAUGGUGACGACGUGAAGUCAACAAAGGCGGAGAUCGCUGAAAUUAACCGCCGGAUAAUGAGGCUCCAGUCUGAAAUUGAAAUGGUUAAAGCACAAAGAAUCAAUUUGGAAGCUCAGAUCACAGAGGCCGAGGAGCGUGGUGAGCUGGCAGUGAAGGAUGCUAAACUCCGCAUGAGAGAGCUAGAGGAGGCUCUGCAGAGAGCCAAGCAGGACAUGACCAAUCAAGUCCGCCAGUACCAGGAACUGAUGAAUGUGAAGCUGGCCCUGGACAUUGAGAUCGCCACCUACAGGAAGCUGCUGGAAGGAGAGGAGGACAGGUUAGCAACAGGAAUCAAGAUCAAUGUAGCAAAACAGACAUCUGUGAACUACAGUGCCUAUGGCCAAGAGAGCUACCGCACCCCAGUGUACACCAGCAGCUCCUUUGGAGGAGUCAAAGCCAGCAGCUCCUUUGGAGGAGUCAAUGCCAGCAGCUCCUUUGGAGGAGUCAAAGCCAGCAGCUCCUUUGGAGGAGUCAAUGCCAGCAGCUCCUUUGGAGGAGUCAAUGCCAGCAGCUCCUUUGGAGGAGUCAAUGCCAGCAGCUCCUUUGGAGGAGUCACAGCCAGCAGUGGUUCCAUCACUUCCCUGGAGGGAGGAGCGGUGAAGAGCACCACGAUCACCAAGACAGAAACCGUGGUGAUCAAGACAGAGGUGGAGGAGAAGAAGACAGAGGUGGAGGAGAAGAAGACAGAGGUGGAGGAGAAGAAGACAGAGGUGGAGGAGAAGAAGGAGGAGCAGGCGGUGAUCGAGGAGCGGGUUACAGUUGAGCAGAAGGAGCAGGAACAUGUGCAGGAAGAGCCUGAGGCUGAGCCUGAAGCUGUGGCUGUAGCUGAGGCUGAGGCUGUAGCUGAGGCUGAGGCUGUAGCUGAGGCUGAGGCUGUAGCUGAGGCUGAGGCUGAUGAGUGAUGAGCUCUGGUUUACUGUUUUUGUCCUUGGUUGUUAAGAAUAAACACUGCUUUUUCUUCCAGUUUUUUAAUUGUAGAUUCACCAAAGUGCCUUCACACAAUACACAGACACAACUUUCUGUCAGAUAAUUUGAUGAAGAGAUGAUACCUGAUGAGAUUUUAUUCUGGUCUCUGGAAACUUGUGAAGGCUGAGAAAUUCUGUAUGUGUGCGUUUUAUUAUUGUAACUGUGGUCCUGCUGCACCACACAUGUUUAGCCAACAGGUGGCAGUGCUGUAUGUCUUUUCCUCUGCUGUUUCCUUUAAUGUUUGACGAACAGGUAGCACUGUAAAAACUGUUAUUCAAAUUAAAUCAAAUUUAAUUUGAGCACUUUGGAGUAAAAUAAAACAUCACCAUGCUAAACUCCUAAAACUUAUGUAUGCAAACAGUAACAUACAAAUAAAAUGCUCUUCAUGACUUUUUACUUAGAAAUACUUUUGUAGUCUUUCAGUGUGCUGCUGCUGCACCACCUGGGGUCCUAUUUGGUCGACAAUAAAUCUUCUUUAAAAAGUAA